AUGAUAAAAUUAAUGCACUCAUUUUUGCAAAAAAUAGCAAACAAAUUCACCAGGAUUAUUGCAAAGACGGGAGCAUGGGAAUUAAUUUAUUUAUUUAUUGUUCACAAAUAUACUGAACAUUGCAUUAAAGGCUGCGCGGAUAGUUUAACUUGUUCAAGGCUAAUCUACAACAAGAUACAUUAUAUGAAGAAAGCAAAUAUCCUGCAUGUAUAUAGAUUUUCUUAUAUCAAUAAACAUCGAGGUUCUGGACAGUAA